GUCUCCGUCACGUAUGUCUCAUUUAUUCCCUCGAUUUGUCAUCAUGGAUAAAGCUGUAAAAAGUGGCCUGCUCAGUCUUACAGUGGAAGAGGUUGAAGAUGCGUUUUUGGUUUCAAGGAAGAACGGGUUCCUAAUUGACUGUUCGCAUACACAGCUCCCAGAAUGCUGGGAUCCAUUCGAAAAAAUCGCUACGCAACUGACCGAGCAUGUGGCAAACAAGACAAUUCGGCAACAGAUUGAGAAGUUACACGGUGACAACAAAAUACCAGAAAACAGACUGGAACGGAUUGUCCUGCACAAAAUAUUGACAUUCUUAACGUCUGGAUAUAUUUGGCAGGACGGGGAGGAAACCGUACCGAAGAAACUUCCCAGAUGUUUGGCAGUUCCACUGACACGUGUGUCAGAUGCUUUGGGGAUGAAGCCUAUUUUGAGCUACCCUAGCAUGAUUUUAGGCAACUGGCAGAUGAAAGAUGCAACAAGGUCAUUUGAUUUUGAGAACCUUAAGGCGAUGUAUAAGACACCGGGAGGUGCUGGUGCUGAUUGGUUCAUCCUCACCCACGUGAUCAUUGAACAGAGGUUCGCACCAGCCAUUGAGGCUAUCCUUGACGCCAUGAGAUAUUCAACCGAAGGUACUGAGAAUGACGAAGCGCUGGCCAAGGCCUUGGGAGUUAUACCUGAUGUGAUGAAAAACAUGAAUAAAACUUUCAAUGACAUCAAAGAGGGAGUAAAGCCGAAUCAAUUCUAUGAUGAACUGCGGAUUUUUUACACUGGGUGGGGCGGAGGACGGGGCCCGCUUCCUGACGGACUCAUUUACCAAGGAGUAUAUGAAGACAAACCUACACCGAUGAAAGGAGGAAGUGCUGCUCAAAGUACAACUCUACAGCUACUGGACGCAGCACUGGGUAUCACACAUGAGGGAGAACAAAAGAAAUUUCUUGAUGAGGUGAGGGAUUACAUGCUGAAAGAACACCGCGACUUUUGCGCCUCUGUAUGGAAAGACAGCAACAUCCGGCAUUACGUUAUGAGAUGUAACAACAAGGAUGUCCGAAAGGUCUACAAUGACUGUAUCACUGCUAUCCUGAAAUUCCGAACCCUUCACAAAUUCCAGGUUACUAG